GGAGCUGCCCCAAACACUGAAGGCUCAGGCAUUCUCUGCGGCGGAAGCAGGCGGUGAAGUUCACGGCAGAUUUUCCUGGUUCGUUUCCUAACGGCGGACUGGUACCGAUACAUUUAAACCAGAUUGAUCUCAAGCAGUACACAGCCUCACAAUUCCAAGAUCCCUCCCGUUUACUGAGAAGCUUCAGCGGAGCUUCACUGUUCUCCAGCUGACGCCCCUCCUCCUUACUGCUUCACCCAGGGUCUCCUUUUCUCAUGGCAAUCAACACUGACAUUGAAGACUGGGGCAGCGUCGCUAGCACUGACUCAGGAGAACGAGCAUGGCUCCUGCAGAGCCCCAGCGUGGAUUCUGCCCGGCACCCUGAGGAAGACGAGAGGAGCCGGGGCGUGUCGCCAUUGGGCGCCGUCUUCAUCGUGGUGAAUGCAGCGCUGGGUGCGGGGUUGCUCAACUUCCCUGCAGCCUUCAGCAUGGCGGGGGGAGUGACGGCAGGUGUGAUGCUGCAGAUGUUUAUGCUCAUCUUCAUCAUCAGUGGACUUGUGAUCCUUGGCUAUUGCUGUCAGGUCAGCAAUGAAGGCACCUAUCAGGAGGUUGUUCGAGCCACUUGUGGGAAAGUCACAGGCAUCAUCUGUGAAUUAGCCAUCGCCGUCUACACGUUUGGCACAUGCAUUGCUUUCUUUAUUGUCAUUGGAGACCAGCUGGAUCGUUUGAUUGCUGCAGUGGCUCAUGAAACAGAUGGUUCACCUGAAGGCCACUGGUACACAAACCGGAGGUUUACCAUCGUCGUCACUGCAGUCCUGGUAAUUUUGCCUCUGUCCAUCCCCAAAGAGAUCAGCUUCCAGAAGUAUGCCAGUGCUCUGAGUGUGAUGGGAACCUGGUAUGUUACCGUUGUGAUCAUUGUGAAGUACAUCUGGCCAGACAAAGACAUGAACUCAGACCAUGGUCCAGCCAUUUCUGCUUCCUGGACUGCCGUUUUCAAUGCAAUGCCCACCAUUUGCUUUGGUUUCCAGUGCCAUGUCAGCUGUGUGCCGGUGUUUAACAGCAUGAGGACGAAGGCGAUCAAACCGUGGGGACUUGUGGUCACACUCAGCAUGAUAAUCUGCCUUUUUGUCUACACAGGAACAGGUGUCUGUGGGUUCCUGACCUUUGGCUCCAGUGUGAAUCAGGAUGUGUUGAUCUCUUACCCUUCUGAUGACAUCGCUGUGGCCAUCGCUAGAGCUUUCAUUGUCAUCUGUGUGGUGACUUCCUACCCCAUUUUACACUUCUGUGGCAGGGCGGUUAUAGAAGGGCUCUGGCUGCGUUUCCAAGGCGAGCAGGUGGAGGUGUGUGUUCGCCGUGAGCAGAGGAGGAGGAUCCUGCAGACCCUGGUGUGGUUCAUCGUCACCCUCGUCCUCGCCCUCUUCAUCCCAGACAUCGGCCGUGUCAUCUCGCUGAUAGGAGGACUGGCAGCCUGUUUUAUCUUUGUGUUCCCAGGAUUGUGUUUGAUGCAGGCCAAACUUUCAGAGACAGACAGUCGAUCUACAAGCUGGCACGGAUUGGUGAUCCUUGGUGUUGCAAUGGUUACGCUUGGUGCCUUCAUCUUCGGCCUCACUACAUCCAACUCCAUCUAUCAGGAUGUUGUAAAUUAAAAGGGAUGCUGUUUGUGGAGCCAUUUCUUUCCUCCAUAACAAGAACUUGGGAGAGCUCAGUACUGUGCUGCUCUUCUGGACUGCUGCCCCAUUCACUAAGAUCAGAGUGUUUGGCUAGGCGACCACAACGCCAAUUGACAGAUUUUAUUUUCCUCAUUGAAGUUUAAAGACCUUUUUUAUGUGUUCGACAUCACCUUCCUUUUUCCGGAAGGAAAUAGACUGACUUCCCCCGUCACUGGCCUCUGCAUGAAUGACAUAUACUGUCUGGUUUACAAAAGCAGAAGAACAUUGAUUGGAGGGUUUUUAAAAUCAAAUAGAUUUUUUUUUUUUUUUACAAAAUUGUACCAAUUUGUGAGUUUUACCCUGCAUGUCACCUGUUUAUAACAGAAUGUGAAGAUGUUUCAUGUCCUGGCUUAUAAUCAAAUCCAGGGACUGUAGAUAAAGCCAGUGAAAGAUGAAGCAAUGCGCUUUAGAGGUUAAGCUUGAUUUGGAAAAUACCUUUCAGCCAAAGUUGAACAGUGGGGACAAGGCUAAUGUAUGAUAUUUUAAACCACUAAAUCAUCUAUUUAUUUAGAUGCUGUUUACUUUGGAUUGCAUUUGCACAGAUAGGUAAAACACUCUUAAGCUGUUGUGUAACAAAUAGAGCAGAUCUAACUUCUCUUAGGAGGGCAGACUCUUUUGCUACAGAGGUGUCCAAGGUCAGUCCUCAAGGACUGGUGUCUUGCAUGUUUUAGAUGUUUCCCAGGUUCAGCAUACCUGAAUGAACUGAAUAGGUAAUUAUCAGGUUGGUGCACAACUUGUUGACAUGCUGAGGUCAUUGUAAUUAGCUGUGUUGGAGCAGGAAGACUUAAAACAUAGAGGACACUGGUUCUUGAGGGCUGGGUCUGAUCACCCUUGCCUUGUUGUAAGAGGUAGAUCAACAAUGUUAAGAACCAAGUUAACCUUCACAGAAUGUAACAGGAAAUCAUGUUUACUGUGGAAACACAAGAGGACACCCUCAUC